AACCAAAGCAUAGUAAGUUGAACAGAAGUUAAAGUUAGAAGGUUGCCACAAAAAAUGGACGCGCAAAUACCAACACAAGUGGCCGCACAGCCUGUGCCAGCGGAAGCGCAACCCGCGCCCAGCAAUCCGAAUACCAAUAUCGGUGCUGCAGCAGCUGCCGUUAAUUACGUCGCCACCACAGCUACAUCAUCGGUGGCUGCCCAAACGGCGACUUCAACGAACUCCGUACCAAAUUCGGUGGCGAAUGUUGUUACCAUACCCGUACCGAUUGUGCAGAACGAAGAGAACUACACGUAUGUGACGGUGAAGGGUUCGUUGCACGAUCGCUCAUGCGCCGUUUUCGGUCUCAACGAUACGGAAAUCCAAGCGCUGUCAAAACGAUUCGGCAACGGUUUAAAGGGCGCCGUGAACGGUGUAAUGGUAACGAUUCCACCGAUGGACAUGGUAAACACAUUGGCGCAAUUGAGCUAUAAAGUGAUUUGUAGUUGUGGUGAGGCGGAGAUCAGUUGGACUAUGCAACGCGAGAUUUAAACCGCACUUCGUAACAGAGGACAGCCGAACAACUAAAGUUUAAAACUUAUUAAAAUUUGCAAAUUUAAUUGUUAACAAAAAGACAUAUAAAUGCUAUGCUAUAAAAAAAGAAUAAUGAAAAUAUCUAGUGUAUUCAACAAAUAUUAAUACUGAAAAAACAUACAUACGUAUAAAACUAAAAGUUUAAGAAAAUUGUAAA